CCACUUGCUAGUUCAGAGCGCUGUCAAUUCUUAUGGCAACAGGGCGCAGUGGUUAUGGGUGAUAUGACGGGCGAGCAUUCAAACAAUAGCGAGGCCUUGACUCGCUAUAUCAAAUGCUUCGAAUACGGCUCUCAGGGAAAUAUCCUCAAGCUUCAUGAUGAAACCCCAGGAGAAAGUCGCUCAUGGACAAGACACUAUGAAUACGACGAGCCAAGCUCCAUUAUCCCUUCGGAGAAGAAGAAUCGUCUCAGUUGCACCAAGAUCAAAAGCCGUAUCAAGAAAUACCACUACAAUGGUCGCGAUGGCAUCACCGGUUCUAUAAUCGCAAUUCCAAGCGUCCCAACAAUAGAGUACAAUUACUAG